AAAACCAUGCAAUUGCAAAUGCAAGGAAGCAGAGGCAGCUACAGCCAGGUGGUUUGGGGCAUCCACGUCCAAGGGAACGGGAAAUCACACCACGGGUAGGGGUAGCCCUGGCGCGCACGUCAGCGUCACGAGCCACGCGCGAACUUCACCACGGACCUGUGGAGAAGAUCCACCCUCAUGCACACGCGCUAGUUUAGUGACCUUAAUUAUAGCAUUUGCGCCCCACGGAUUAUUGUUAACCCCACCUUGGAUCGCGGCCGCCGUGUGCGUGAGCAGCGACGUGCCGACAGCCGAAGGCCCAAACCAAUUCGAUUCCUCCCCCCUGCCGGCCGAAUCAAAUUUCUCCGCCGCCGCCCGGAGCACCGAUCCCCGAGAGUUCCAUGGACUCGCCUUCCGCAUCGAGGUAUUAGCAAGCCUCGCCGCGUCGCGCCGCACUGCCCCGCCCCGACGCCUGCUGCGCUGGUUUUGGAAGGAUCCAAGAUGGGUGUAAUCAGCACAGUGCUUGGUUUCUUUGGGUUUGGAUUUGGGUUAUCUGCUGGCAUUGUAAUUGGUUACUUCUUCUUCAUCUACGUACAACCAACUGAUGUCAAGGAUGUCAAGGUCCGGCCGCUUGUAGAAUAUGAUUCAAAAUCCUUGGAGGGCAUCCUUCCCGAAAUUCCUUUGUGGGUCAAGAAUCCUGACUAUGAUAGAAUUGAUUGGUUGAAUAGGUUCUUGGAGUUGAUGUGGCCUUAUCUUAACAAGGCUAUCUGCAGAACUGCACAAGAUAUCGCGAAGCCAAUUAUUGCUGAGAAUACUGCUAAGUAUAACAUAGACACUGUUGAGUUUGAAACACUUACUUUGGGUAGCUUGCCACCCACCUUUCAAGGGAUGAAAGUCUACAUCACAGAGGAGCAAGAGCUGAUAAUGGAACCAUCUCUUAAAUGGGCUGCAAACCCAAAUAUUACUGUUGUUGUAAAAGCCUAUGGUUUGAAAGCUACUAUCCAGAUUGUGGAUCUACAAGUCUUUGCAUCACCUCGCAUUACUCUGAAGCCAUUGGUGCCUACAUUUCCUUGCUUUGCAAAAAUCCUUGUCUCACUUAUGGAGAAGCCACACGUUGACUUUGGGCUAAAACUUCUUGGAGCAGAUGUAAUGGCUAUUCCUGGUCUUUACAUAUUUGUUCAGGAGACCAUCAAGGAACAAGUAGCAAGCAUGUAUUUGUGGCCGAAGACGCUAGAAGUGCCUAUAAUGGAUCCCUCGAAAGCAUCAAAAAGACCCGUUGGAAUUCUACUUGUGAAGGUUGUAAGAGCCCAAAAUCUGCGGAAGAAGGAUCUGCUGGGUAAAUCUGACCCAUACGUGAAACUUAAGAUGUCAGAUGAUAAACUUCCAUCCAAGAAGACAACUGUAAAGCGCAGCAAUCUCAAUCCAGAGUGGAAUGAAGAUUUCAAAUUUGUUGUGACAGAUCCAGAGAACCAGGCUCUUGAAGUUGAUGUCUUCGACUGGGAACAGGUUGGGAAACAUGAAAAGAUGGGAAUGAACAUGAUCACACUUAGAGAACUCCCACCAGAGGAGACUAAAGUUACUACCCUUAACUUGCUUAAGACCAUGGACCCAAAUGAUGUACAAAAUGAGAAAUCUCGUGGUGAGCUUACUCUAGAGCUCAUAUACAAGCCUUUCAAGGAAGAAGAUAUAGAGAAAGAAGAUACAGAGAGUGCUGAUGUGAUAGAGAAAGCUCCAGAUGGUACUCCAGCUGGUGGUGGCUUGCUUUAUGUUAUUGUUCAUGAAGCCCAAGAUCUUGAGGGGAAGCACCAUACAAACCCAUAUGCAAAAAUUAUUUUCAAAGGCGAGGAGAAGAAAACAAAGGUCAUCAAGAAGAAUAGGGAUCCAAGAUGGGAGGAUGAAUUUGAGUUCGUGUGUGAGGAGCCUCCUGUAAAUGAUAAACUGCAUGUUGAUGUCCUAAGUAAAGCCUCGAAGAAAGGGCUAAUACAUGGCAAGGAAACUUUGGGCUACAUUGAUAUUAGCCUCGCAGACGUGAUCAGCAACAAGCGGAUUAAUGAAAAGUACCAUCUCAUAGACUCAAAAAAUGGUCAGAUCCAAAUCGAGUUGCAGUGGAGAACUUCCUAGACAGGAAAAAGCCAGAAUGCCUGAAUGUAGUACACACGUAUGUUCCUAUAUUCAGUUUGCGGAUGUCUGUGAUUGAGAUUGAGCUCGUGUAGAUAGUUUCUUUGUUUAUGGACAUCUUUGUUCAGAUCUCCUCUUAGUUGCUCAAAUUUCCGACAAGCACUAUGUAUGCAUGUUUAUGGAACUGAACCUAUUCUUUGACUAAUGGCAGACCAUACAAGAGCAUUCUGGCAUU